CUUCACUAAACACUAUAGACUCCUAAAAAUUCCAAUUCUAUAAGCCUAAAAAGAGUAUAAGAGAAAGAGAAAGAGAAAGAGAAAGGAAACUCUACUUCUCUCUUCUUAACUCUUUCUAACGCGGAAUUCUUCAUAUCAUUCAAUCAAACUUCAAAUCUAAGUAUAUUUAUUUUCUGCUGUCCUUUUGUUUUUCUUCAUUCCCUGAAAGAUUUUAAGUCAGAAUUUUUCUGCAGAGUCACUGAUUUUGGUGAAAAUUUGGAGAUUUUACAAGUGAAAAUAUCUUGUCUUUUUUGUCCUCUUUUUAGUGCUUUUUCGCCACUUCUCAAACCCCCAAAAGCUAGCAUUUCUUCUUUCAUAGUAACAAACAAAUCCAUUGAAAAUUCACUAAAAAAAAAGAACCAAAAUUUUGGUUUCAAUACUACUAUUUCCUUAUCAUUUUUAAGCUCAAAAUUCACUUGGUUUAUUUCAAAAAGACUGAAUCUUUAUAGGCUAAAGAGAAAAUUAAAUAUGCAAGAUCCAUCAAUUUAUACACAAAUAAAGCCACAAUUUCCAGAGCAAGAACACUUGAAAUGUCCAAGAUGUGAUUCACCAAAUACAAAAUUCUGUUAUUACAACAAUUAUAAUCUUUCUCAGCCACGUCACUUUUGUAAGAGUUGUCGUAGGUAUUGGACCAAAGGUGGUACUCUUAGGAAUAUUCCAGUUGGUGGCGGUUCUCGUAAGAACACAAAACGUUCAUCAUCUUCAAGUAAGAAAAUUUCCUCCUCAACGACGUCGUCUUUAGUUUCAUCCUCAAAACCUGAUCAGAUAACAAAUCCAAAACCAGAGCCAUUUGGUUUACCUGCAAUUCCAGCUUUUGAUCAAAACAGUAGUAGAGUGAUUGAUAUGAGUAAUGGGCAAUUCAGUUCGCUGUUGGAGUCAAACGGACCGCAAUUUGGGAAUUUGAUGGAAGCUUUGAAUCCGAGUAAUAAUAAUGGGUCCAAUUUGCAGUUGGGUGAAUUUGCGAGGAACCAAAAUUCAAAUUCGGGUUUGGGUUUGGGUUCGGGCUCAGACGGUACCCGUCAAAAUGGGAAUCAUACAUAUUUGGGAAUUCAAAAUGGCGGAGAUUCUGAUAAUUGUUGGAAUGGUGGUAGCAAUGGUUGGCCUGAUCUUGCAAUUUACACACCAGGUUCCAAUUUCCAGUGAAUGAAAUUGCCAAAAAAAUUAUUAGAGUUAGUAUUACUAUUUUCAGAGAAGGUAUUUAACUACUACUUUGCUAAGUAUUUAACUUUUUAUUCUCUCUUUUUUUUUUUUUUUUUUUUUUAAAUUCUCUUUUUUGACAUUCUUUUGGAAGUGUUGUUACUGAUUGCACUCUAGUACUAGUGGUACAUAAUUUACUUGUGGAAAAUGUGGUGGUGAAGUGCUGUGCAUGAGCAAUGAUACUCGUUUUCUAUAGGUAAUGCAAUAUAAUACAUAUACUAACGAUGUGUGUUGUUGUUACGUCGUUAGUCUAUCGGAAAUAAUUUCUCUACCUUCACAAGGUAGGGUAAGGUCUGCCUAUACAGGUUUUUUAUUGUUGUGCCAAUACUUGUGGUUUUUUGUUGUUGUGCCAAUACUUGUGUUUUAUUCAACAUAAUUUUUGGUUCGUUUCUU